UUGUGAAUUUGCCAAAAUCAUAAUCCAAUCCAACGUAAACAAACAUCGUUGAAAUCUAAUUCAAUUACUAAUUUGAAAAUUUUACCGAAUCAAAUCCUUGAAGUUGGUACAGUAAAACUAACAAUAACAUUUAUUCAGUGGCGAGUUAAACCUAUACAAAACAGAAGCAUGUUUUUCGCAUGAACUUGUGUUUGUUAUCAAUUUAAAAAUAUGGGUGUGUAUUUGUUGGUGUUGUGUUUCGUUUUCGCAUAUUUGUCGAGUGUAGUGGAACUUUUGGAUAAUGGAUUGGCUCGGCGGCCUCCCAUGGGCUGGAUGUCGUGGGGCUACUAUAUGUGCGGCGUGGAUUGCCGUAAAAAUCCUUUGAAAUGUCUCGACGAAAAGCUAAUAUUAUCUGUGGCAGAUACAUUCUACAAAGAAGGUUACUUAGAAGCAGGGUUUGAAUACAUAAUCAUUGAUGACUGUUGGUCAGAAAAGAAGAGGGAUGAAUAUGGCAGACUUGUACCUGAUAGUGAGAGGUUCCCUCGUGGAAUGAAGUAUAUUGCUGAUUAUAUACAUAAACUGGGGCUAAAGUUUGGCAUGUACACAAACAUAGCAAAAACAACUUGUAUGGGCUAUCCUGGCUCAAGGGACUAUUUCAAGAGAGAUGCCAAGAUGUUUGCUGAAUGGGAUGUGGACUAUUUGAAGGUUGAUGGCUGUUUUGUUGAAGAGGACUAUCUUAAUACAGCAUACAUAAAGCUAGGCGCGCACUUAAACACCACGGGUCGGCCGAUGGUGUAUUCCUGUAGCUGGCCUUACUAUAUAGAAUUUAUACACCAUAAACAGCCUGAUUACGAGAGUGUAUCAAAAUACUGCAACGUGUGGCGCAGUUACCACGACGUGGUGACGUCAUGGCGCGCCAUCAAAACUAUCAUCACUCACUAUCAAAACGAAUACGAGCAUUUGUACAAGUUCCAUGGUCCUGGGCACUGGAAUGACCCUGAUAUGCUAAUAUUCGGCACAGGCUCGCUAACAGACAGUCAAAGUCGCGUGCACAUAGCUGUAUACUCCAUGCUGGCGGGUCCUUUAUUACUAAGCUGUGACAUGACUAGAAUAAGUGAAUAUGAAAAGAAGUUAUUGCUCAAUUUAAAUCUGAUAGCCAUCGCCCAAGAUCCAUUAGGAGUCAUGGCCAAACCUUAUGUGUUACAAAAGCAAGUCACAUUGUGGGUGAAACCGCAUUUGCCGAGGAAAGGUGACAAAUAUCAUUCCGUCUCUUUCGCGCUCGUAAAUUUGUCUGAAGAAGAAGUUACCGUCUCUUUCACACCAGGACAGUAUGGUCUGAAUUCUACCGAUAGGUAUACUGUUAUGGAUAUUUUCAGUCAAUUUUUCAUAAAAAAUAUCACUUUAAGUGAAACUUUAGAAGUCGACGUACCUGCUGAAGAUGCUAUAAUUUAUACGACGUUUCCAUUAUGAGAGAGAAGGCUUUCAUAUAUAAAGUUUGUUCGGUACUUAAAUGUUAUAUAUUGAAGACUGGAACGCAUUAACUUUUGAGAGCAUGUUAUUUUAUACUUUAUAAAGCUGUGAUAUCAUA